AUGAGCAAAAGUAAAGAUAAUAAAAAUCAACAAAUCAACGCUAAUGGAUAAAAACGUGACGGUCAACAAAGACGUGUCAACAUAUCGAGCCACAAGACAGAGGUUUUCCACUCAGCCGACCGACGAACUACAGGCCACGCUCAGCUUAAACAGUUUAACAGUUUUGUUCGCGUGGCAGUGAACAUCAGACUUCAAUAAACUCAAUGAACCUGGAUCAAAGACAAGAAGACAGGCCCAGAGUAUCGUCAUUUCUCAUAGAUGACAUUUUAGCACCACAGACUGUCCCUACAACACCACAAUGUCCCAGUGCUAAGCCGAUCGCAGCAGUAGAACAGCCCAGCUCUUCACAAAACUCCACGCAACUCACUGAUAACCGCUCACAUUUGUGUCCGCAACCCUUGGAUUCAACUUUGCUGACAUGCUACGGAUCUCCCUGUCAUGUGGCUCGGCACCCUUACUAUUGGAGACCCCCAUACACGUGUUAUUCACCAGCUCAUGGUUACAAAUGCAAUCACAGUGCUAAUUCUCCUCUCUACUGUGCGUCUUCAGAUCUCUUCAUUAACUGUAACAGACAUCCGUCAACUUCCUCAGAAUCUUAUACACAGUCUAUUCAUGAACAAUCACGGUCGCGAAGGCCUAGAAGACCCUGGACACGAGCAGUGUUUUCUAACUUACAGCGCAAGGGACUUGAAAAGCGUUUUCAGGUUCAAAAAUACCUGACAAAAGCAGAUAGACAUCAGUUAGCGUCUAUGUUAGGCUUGUCAGAUAAUCAGGUCAAAGUGUGGUUUCAAAACAGGAGAAUGAAAUGGAGGCAAGAAGCCAGAGAAUCUGUUACUAGUACGAACAAUGACACACAUGAUCUCGAGGAGGAAGAAACUUAGCAAAGCCUCCGACAACUUUAAAACUUAUUUAAUAAAGACUUCGUGCGCUGCGUCAAAAUUUAUGAAUCUCAUCAGCUGAUGGAGGAUUGUGUUUUACACCAAAGCCGUGAAUUUCAUGUGUUCAUGAGUUAACUGCUCUUUUCCAACAUUCGGGAAUUCUAAACAUUAAUUAUAACCUGGCCAUGACUUAUUUAAAUUGUCUUUUCAAUUUGAAAGAUGAGUUAGAUUUAUUAACAUUGCCAUGGGGACAAUAAAAAAAGGUUUUAGCUGCCUCUGCGUUCGUUGCACUUUUAAAGACUGUCGUUACGACUAUAUUUAACACGUCGUUUAAAUAUUCAGAAUGCAGGAGUCUUAGUCCGUAGUUUUACGACAGAUAA